AUGGAUGGUGAAUUGUAUAAUGCUGCAAUUGGUGGACUAAGCGACCACAAUCUGUUUGGUAAUGUGCAUAACAUUAGAUCGCGUAGCCAAGACAACACUAUUCUUCAUAUAGCAGACAAAUUUGGGAAGCUAAGGCAACUUGAAGAAGAUGCUUAUCUGCUGCGUUUUCUUUACGAGCAAAACAGUGAAGGAAACACUCCACUUCACGUUGCAGCAAAGUUAGGGCAUCUGGAAAUUGUAAGAAUCCUAGUGGAAAUGUCAAAAAAGACAGAUGUUGAGCAAAAUAAGAGGCUAUUGACCAUGGAGAAUAAUGAGAAAGAUACAGCUCUCCAUGAAGCUGUUCGCCAUAAUCACUUGAGGGUUGUCGAGUUACUAAUUGAAGAAGAUCCCAAUUUGGCGUCCCUAGUAAACGGCGAAGGAGACUCUUAUUUUUUCAUGGCGGUGGAUGGAUGCUUUCACCAAGUUGCCCUGCAUGUCCUAGACAAUGCUCCAAACUGCUCUUAUCAAGGAAGGAACGGCAUGAACGUCUUGCACGUUCUGGUAAAACUUCAGGCUUCGACAUUAGAACAAGCUGAUGAUUUUGGAUGGACUCCUCUUCACUAUGCCGCACAUUUUGGCGACGAGGUGCUUGUUCAACGAUUUUCGAACAAAGGUAGUAAGAGCCUUCCUUUCUCUAGGAACAAAGAAGGUAUGUCUGCCCUUCACAUUGCAGCAAAGAAAGGACAUGAUGCUGUCCUUAGAGUGCUGAUGGAAAGUUGUCCAGAAGUUUGUGAGUUGGAUAAAAACGGUAGGACAGCUCUUCAUAUUGCGGUGGAAAGUAGAGAGGAAAUUGCGGUGAAAUUUUUCCUAGAACAGGCCAUGGCAUUUAAGGAUCUUAUAAACCUGAAAGAUAAUAAAGGAAAUAAAUCUUUGCAUGUAGCCUCUGCUGUGGGAGAUUUCCAUAUUUUAAGAAUUCUUACAAAUGACUCAAGAAUUGACAAAGAAGCUACAAACAAGAACAAAAAGACAUUUGUUGACAUGAUCCUAUCAAACAAGGAGCUACAGGAUACUGAAAUUGUAAGUUUUCUGGCACACCUUCAAAAUAUAUGA